GGCGUUGCGGCCGCAGCGGGCUGGUGGCGGAGGCGGCGGCGGCGGCAGCAGCGUGAGUACUGCAGGGACGACCAGGCAGCAACGCCGACCGGGACGCCGGGGAAGCCCGCGCCUCGGCGGCGGUCCCUGGUAGCCGAAGCCAGAGCCGCUCCGAGGCAAGAGGCUGCUGCGGAGCCGCGGCGCGAGGAAGCCGCAGGUCGAGCUGAGCGCGGGGCGCGGGCAUCCGACCCCGCUGCGUGUGUCCGGGGCGGCUGCGCGGGAGACAAAGCCUCCGGAGAAGGAUGCCCGCGGGGCGCGCACCGGGCGGGCCAGGCAGUGGGCUCCUUCGAGUCUAAGCGCUCCUGGCCCCGCGCCCCGGGGACGCCGAGGCCCCGCCGGGUCCAGCGGCGGGCGGAGCCCAGGUGCGCCCGGCCGCAGCGGGCCCGUGACUGCUCGGGGGGCGGCGCCCUCCCGCCGCAGCCGCAGUGGCCGGCGCCGCAGCGAGGAGCCAUGGGCAACAUCUCCUCCAACAUCUCGGCCUUCCAGUCCCUGCACAUCGUUAUGCUGGGCUUGGACUCGGCCGGCAAGACCACGGUGCUCUACCGGCUCAAGUUCAACGAGUUCGUGAACACGGUGCCCACCAUCGGCUUCAACACCGAGAAGAUCAAACUGAGCAACGGCACCGCCAAGGGCAUCAGCUGCCACUUUUGGGACGUGGGCGGCCAGGAGAAGCUGCGGCCGCUGUGGAAGUCCUACAGUCGCUGCACGGACGGCAUCAUCUACGUGGUGGAUUCGGUGGAUGUGGACCGCCUGGAGGAGGCCAAGACAGAGCUGCACAAGGUGACCAAGUUUGCCGAGAACCAGGGCACGCCGCUGCUGGUCAUCGCCAACAAGCAGGACCUACCCAAGUCGCUGCCGGUGGCCGAGAUUGAGAAGCAGCUGGCGCUGCAUGAGCUCAUCCCGGCCACCACCUACCAUGUCCAGCCAGCUUGCGCCAUCAUCGGCGAGGGCCUCACCGAGGGCAUGGACAAGCUCUAUGAGAUGAUCCUGAAACGUAGGAAGUCUCUCAAGCAAAAGAAGAAGCGGUAAUGCGCCCGGGCAGCCAGCAGGAGCGAGGCUGAGCGAGCGAGCCAGUGAGUGAAUGAAUGGACGUCUGGGUGAGCGAGAACCCGCGAACAAAGACAACGAACCAAAGCGAUGCUUCGAAUUUUUAAAACGCGAUCUCUGCAUCCACGGACUGUACCUGGGGACGAAACCCUCUCCUGGGUGUGGAGGCUGCGUUACCACCCGCCUCGCCACCUGCCCCACUCCCCACCCCAGCUCAGGGGACCUUUUGUCUAAAUGCUUGAGCUACGGAUGGUGGUGGUGGUGGUUGGGGGAGACCCGUGGGGAGUGGACGUGAGGACGCAAGGGUCCCGGGGUGCGCCCUCUGGCCCCAGGUGGGAAGCUUGGAUGUCAGAGAGACAAAAGCGAUUUCUUCUUGCUCCAGCGGGGCCAGAAGUUCAGGCUGCCCAGCCCCCACUGCGGGGGGAAAUCACGUGUGAGUUACCUGAGGUAUGCAGUUCACACAACCCUGGGGAUACCCCCGUGGGAGCGGGCUGCUGGGGUGUACUGAUGGGGGGGUGGGGAUGACCGCUCCUUGCAGUCUGGAGCUGUGGAAACUGAGUAAUUUUAUGUCACAGGGCAGGCCCCUGUUGCAGUUUCAUUUGUUCUGCGCUGGGCCCGGAGGAGGUGGUGGUUUGGGGCCAUUCAGAGGACUGCCUUGGACCAUGCGGCAGCUGGGGGAGCCCAGGGUUCUCUGCUUCUGGCCUUGGCUGGGAAUGGCCUGGAAGACGCCACUUUCCAGGGGUGGGUGUGUGAGGUUUUUGUUGAGAACUGCUUUUCAGCCUGGGAUGAGACCUUUUCCAGAUGGCCUAGGCCCUGGCCAUGUGUAGGUCAUUAUCACAUAAAGAGACCAAUAAAACAAAGAAAAACAAAACCACUGGAGGCGGUGGCAGCACAGGUGUUUAAAGGGUGAGGUUCUUGACAUUAAUGCUGUGUGUGUGUGUGUGUGUGUGUGUGUGUGUGUGCGUGCGUGCGCGCGCGCGCGCGUUCAUGUGUGUGUGUGAGUGCAUGUGUGUGCUCCCUCCAUACUGCAUAAUUGGCAUAAAAACUGGACCCUCUGUGUGGAAUUUGAAAUUCUCUCAGCCUACUGAUUGGUUUGGAGGAGCACACCAGCUACAGAUGUGUGCUGAAUUGCAAAAUGGUUUUCUUACAAGGGUGGGGAAUCUGGUAAUUCUAACCACGUGGUGAUAUGUUUCAGAUAUGUUUAAAAAAAAACACACACAAAUGAAUAAUCUUCACCUUAGGAGAAAAGGCUGUGCCCUUUUAUGGCCCUCGGCCCUGCAAGUGGAGACACAUUCAGAUUUCUGAGCUGGCUCUUUGUAGCCUAUCUGGUUUCAGUAUUUUACUCAAAAUGUGUCAUUAGAGUAUUUGAUGUCAUUCACCAAAAGAAUAAAACCCCACCUUGUAAACGCUAACCUCGUUUGCAUGGAACUGAAGAGAGGAAAAGUCUGAAGGAUGAAGUCCUUUGGAAUUCACCCUUGUGGGAGCUGGCCUGGCCUUGGAGCCAGCCAGCACUCCGGUUAAACGCAAACAACAAUGAGUGCUUGAGAUGAAAAGGAAGCAGACGCGUGACGUCAUGGUCACUGGUACUCAGGCACUUCACAGUUUACUUGAAAGGCUUUGGAAAAAUAGAUAAAGUGAAAGAAUAAAGACAUAUUUUUACUAAUGUAAUUUAAAAAAAAUCCUUUAUAAUCAGGAGUGAAUCCUGGCUUGUUAAAAGCUGUCAUUUAUCCUGAAACACAGUAUCAAAAGAGAGAUUUACAACUGACUUUGUUUUUUAAUUUCCCCUCUGAAUCCAUGUUUUAGGGUAGGAUUUUAGUUUCCCUCCAUGGCGACACGUUGCUGUGCAAAGAGGCCGUGGUUGUGAGUCAGCCCAUCCCAUCCCUAUUGUCCUUGACACUCUAGGAGUCGAUUUAAGAACCAUAGGCAGAAACCAUGGCUUCCUGCUUGAAACCCAGUCCUUAGGAGAUUGUUUUUGAAGCUGCAAUCUAGCGGCCCGCGCCCCUUUCUUGUGUGUUUGGUAGCCUCCCGGUACUGGUCUUUUUGUAGUUGGUCAGUGCAGCUAAGCAGUGGUGAGCAGCCUGCAAGGUCUGUUUACACAGCCACAGUGGAGAACCGGCUUCUCCGUGGGCUGGUCCCAUGGUCUGAAGAUUGUGUAUAGAAUUAUUAAAAAAAAAAAAAUCCACCUUCUUUUAUUUUCUUCACAAUUUCUUAAGCACUUUCACAUUUUGGUAGUUCCACAAUAUGGAGAGAAUAAUAUAUUUAUUUUGUGACAUUGCAUAUGCCAAAUAACGUAACCUUCCUGUGCUUACGAUACCUGAGUUCUAGGUCAGGGUUCCGAUCCUGGCCUGCCUGAACGAUGGCUCGGGAUGAGUUUGUGAUUUUUUCCCCCACCACUAUCAGUACUUAAGGGUGCAGGUGACUGUUAGUCGUUGUGCGGUAAAGUCAAGCCCUGUGGUGUAUCAGCAAAUAGUUAAGAGUCUCAGUUGAUUUCUGUAGUGUUUGACCUAAUGAUGCCCAUUUCAUCUGUGACAACAGGGAGCCUAGUGACAGUAACUGUGGUGGUGCCGUGGGGGAGUUCCCAUCACAUGCCAGCCAGACCUAGUGCUACUUCUGCCCUCUGGGUUCCCGUGGGGGAAUUCAGCCUCCCCGAGUGAGGUCUGGAACGGUUUCUGAGACACGGGGAGGCCGGUUUUGAUUUCGAGCUGUUCUCUUCACACUCUGACGAUGUUGGAACCCCUGGCUUCCGUUUUUUGGUUUUCCUGUAAUUCUCUGUCUUCACCGUUCUCUUCUUGUUUCCACCCCCUUUUUUAAUGCAUAUAUGAUGCUGUGAACAGAAAUAAACUAUUUAUACAAUCAAA